AUCCUGCCUCCAGUGGGUGUUCUCAAGCUGCACUUAUCGGAACUCUUGCAGAACUCUUGAGUGCGGACUCUGGUUGGAAGGUUCAGGUUUCACCCUCUUGGGACCCCGAGCCUCUGCAGUGCUUUGUCGCUCGCGGAAGAGCGUUGUAAGCGACAGCCGCGCGCUCCGCCUGCGCUCCACCGAGAGGCCCCGCGCCGCGGCUGGCCAAGCCAGUAGGCAGCGAUCCGGGCUGGGCCGGGACUUCCUUCCUCCCGGGCAGGACAACAGAACCACCCACAGCCCGCACGGAGCUCCAGUCAGCUAGCGGAGCUACAGCGCAGCGAUGGGCUCCCUGCUGAGCAGCGACAGCUCCAAGUCCGCGUCCGCCUCCGCCGCCCCGCGGACUCCGGAGCGCAGCGGGCACCCGGAGCUCCCCAUCACCUCCUUCGACUGCUCCGUGUGCCUGGAGGUGCUACACCAGCCGUUCCGGACUCGCUGUGGCCACGUGUUCUGCCGAUCUUGCAUUGCGACCAGUAUAAAGAACAAUAAUAAAUGGACAUGCCCAUACUGCCGAGCAUACCUUCCUUCAGAGGGAGUGCCUGCAACUGACAUAGCCAAGAGGAUGAAGUCAGAAUACCAGAACUGUACCGAGUGUGGAACUCUGGUUUGCCUCAGUGACAUGCGGGCGCACAUAAGGACAUGUGAGAAGUACAUCGAUAAAUAUGGCCCACUGCAAGAACUCGGCGAAACCACAGCAAGAUGUGCAUGUCCAUUUUGUGAGAGGGAACUGGAUGAAGACUGCUUGCUGGAUCAUUGUAUUAUCCAUCAUAGAUCCGAACGGAGGCCUGUGUUCUGUCCGAUUUGCCGUUCACGACCUAAUGAAAGCCCAAGUACCUCCAAUGGCAGUUUGAUUAGACAUUUGCAAGUCAAUCACACUUUCUCUUUAGAUGAUUUUAUAGAUAUUCGUAUAAUUGAGGAAGCCAUUAUUCACAGAGUGUUAGACCGCUCACUUCUUGAAUAUGUGAAUCAGUCAGACACCACAUAAUUUUAUGAAUAGGAAUGGGACCAUUCACUUGUACCAUUUAAGAUGCUGCUUGAAGGACUGGAAGAAAACUGUCAAUGUUUGAUGGAGAAACAUGUACUACAGUGUUAUACACUUGUCUUUGUUACAUUAUAUUCAAAAACUGUUUUCAUUCUGGUUUAGAUCUGCCUUUACAUUCUUGAGUUUAUUAGACAUUUAACCACAAGAAACAGCCUCCAUCAGCCAUUACCAGAUGGAAGAGAUACAACACAGGCUGGCUAUGUGAAGGAGGAGCUUCUUGUGUACAUUAGCAAUGCUGUGUAUAAUGCUACAUAUUCCCAAUUAUCAUGGUUAAACGAGAAAGCCGAUCUCUGUUUUAUGUAAGGAAACGGAGAAAGGAACAAAAUAUGGACAUUAAAGGAAAUCUGAAAUUUAUUCAAAUUUUCAUGCUCUAAUCUCCAAUAAAGAUCAUGAAUAAUCUUAUGAGAAAGAAAGUAAGGAAUGAAUUUGAAGUUACCAAAAUCCAAUUUAACCAAAUUACAGUAUAUAAUACUGUAACAAAUUCUGUGUUUGAAGUGUAUUCUUAGCCAGGCAUGGAGGAGCAUGCCUGUAAUCCAAGUAUUCAGGAGGUGAGCAUACAAGGGUCAGGAGUGCAAGACCAGCCUUGGCUAAUGAGUUGGCUAAUGAGACAAUAAAAAAUUUAAAAUUUAAAAAGAAAAAACUAUGUGAACUUAACUAUUGACACACUAUGUUUGCAUAUAUAAAUAUUUGAUAGAAAUAUUUUUCAAAUACUUGUAGCUUAUUGGAAAUGUUUUAUAAUGUAAGUGAUUUCUAAGACCCGUUUGUGGGUGUUCGUGUUAGCUUUCACAUUGAUUUUGAGGGAAACUCCUAAGCUUUGUUUUUCAUUUUAAUAUCUUAAGUAUAAAAUAAGGCACACACACUGCCAGAUACAAAAUGUAUAGCUUAACAUGUUAUAAGAAACAUUGCUCCUGGAUGGCUUUGUGUAUGUCUAAGGGACUGAGUAGUAUUAUUGUUCAAAGCCAGCCUAGAUUACAUAGUUCGUUGCAGGCUUGCCUGGGCUAUAGUGUAAGACCCUGUCUCAAACCAAAGAAACAAGCACUAUGGACUCAGACAUCUAUGAAUGGACUUCCAUCCUUUACGAAUGUCACUUUAUUGAGGUUCAACUUCAAUUCUCUUUGGCCAUUCCUUGAAGGUUAGCUGAGUUUUCUUAACACCUUUACUUUCCAUGUUGAAUGUGUUUCUUUCUAUGGACUUGAGAUCAGCAACUCAAAGUCUGGUUUCUUUCUGUAGCGAAUGGUAUGUCAAACCAGUCAGAACCUGGGGAUGGUAGCUCAUGCCUGUAAGGAGGAUCCAUUGUUCAGGAUCUUAACUAAAAUGCAAGGACAGCCUAGGCUGCACAAGACCCUGUCUCCACCUGCUCUUUUUCGUUCCAGACAAAAAGCUCUCAGGACAGUGACUGCUAUUGAGGCAGCCAUUGUUUCAAGGAGAGAGCCAGGAAACAGCUGUCUGCUUGUUGUAAAGAUAAAAAAAAUGGCAAGGCUUAGUGGCCGAGGAUGUCCAGGGAUGGUUGGUAACUAGAGACCUUUGCUUCAGCCUCUGGUGUGUAAGGAUACAGGCAUAUGUUGCCAUGCCUGCAAUUCCCCUUUUUCAAAGACAAUUGGAUAGUGUCAUCAUUUUUUUUUUCUGUUUUUUCUGAGACAGGGUUUCUCUGUGUAGCCCUGGCUAUCCUGGAACUCACUCUGUAGACCAGGCUAUCCUCGAACUCAGAAAUCCGCCUGCCUCUGCCUCCCAAGUGCUGGGAUUAAAGGCUAGCGCCACCACCGCCUGGCGUGUCAUCAUUUUUUGAUAUGCUCUACUCUAUCCCUUUUAUCCAACAGUUCAAGUAAUGUGCAUUUCUUGUCAUUUUUUUACAUGUGAUUCUUUAAUGUUACAUUCAGGACACUUACUAGGAUUUCCAUCUUGGAAUUAAGAAAAAGUAACAGACUAUAGACAUCAACUCCUGAGGGUGAAAUCUUAUUUGACUUAAACAUACCUUUUGUAAAGUACAGCUCAGUAGGUAAAGGCCUGCACUGCUGAGUCAGAGUUUGAUCCCUAUGAUCACAUUUUGUGAAGGAGAACUAACUCCAACAAGUACAAACAUAAUGUGUAUUCCCCCCCACAUACAAAUAAGCACAAUACAGUUUAUAUUGUAAUACUUUAAGCAUCAUUUGUUGCACAUAAACAUUGUCAUAGUCAUGGUACCAUGAUUUCCUCCCCCCUUUUUGAGACAGGUUCUCAUACAUAUGCCUGGCUGGUCUAGAACUCUCAGUGUAAGGCAGACUGGCCUUGAACUUCAGGUGAUCUUCCUGCUUCUACCUCCUAGUACUGAGACUUAGAUGUGGGCACUGGCUUCUAAAAUUCCCCUAAUGAAUUUUCCCUAACUGCUUUGAUAUUUUCUUCUCGGGACAAGGUUACAGGGCAGCGCUUGCCUUUCCUCACUUAUCUUUUUAGGUGCUGUGUCAGGCCCAACUGUUUUUCCUAAGGCCAGUCCUGGAGCACAGUCACAUUGUUGCUUUCCAUACUGACUUCAAACUUGUUCUUCACCGCUGCUAACAAGUAACAGACUUUGCAACCUGUGUCCCUCCAGUCUGGAUGAAUGAGACUAAAGUUGUUUUUAGAAGCAAUCAUCAGGCCUGAAAACACAGCCCAGUUCUGAGCACUGGUGACUACUGCCCUGCCAGUCAGUCUAGGUUAAUUUAGAGCAAGAUGAAAGUUGUGAGUUUAAAAACUUAUUCUGGGGGCUGGAGCAAUGGCUCAGUGCUUAAGAGUACUUACUGGCUGUUCUUCCAGAGGACCCAGGUUCAAUUCUCAGCACCUACAUGGCAGCUCACAACCUGCCAGUAACUACAGUUAAAGGGGAUCUAACACUCAGACAUGCAGGCAAAACACACCAGUACACAUAAAAAACUGACAAAAAUAAAAAUUUAAAAAAUUUAAAAACAUUCUGGAUAAAUGGGAUGGCUUAGUAGGUAAAAUGCACACUGAGCAAGGCUGGCACCCAAGUUUGUCUGACCCUCAACAAACUGACUCCUAAAGGUUGUCCUUAAACUUGCAUAUGCACUGUGGCAUGCCCGCGUCUGAGUUCACAUCAGCACACAGUAAGAGUCAGUGGGAGCGGGACUGGAGAGAGUCAGCAGUUAGGGUUAGCCUGCAUGUAGGGCAGCUUGCUCCUACAGCUCUCUUUUGGCCUCCACUGGUACUUGGGAACACAGGUGAUGCACACAAAUAUUUAAAAAUAAUAAAAAAAAAUUGAAACCCAACAACUGCAUUCUAAAUCAGUGGUGGCGACUAAAGCCUGUAAUUCCAGCACUUGGGAGGUAGAGGCACAAUGGUCAGGAGGAGCUUAAGGCCAGCCUCAGCUGCAUAGCAAGUUUAGGGCUGGCCUGGGUUUACAUGUGACUGUCUCAAAACACCAAAACCCAUGUGCUGAGUACUAAGUUCAAGUGUGUGGACAGACUCAGAAUCUUAUCCAAGGCUUUUUUUGUUUGUUUUUUAAUUUUGCCAAGUAUAGGAUAAAUUCGGUGCUGGCCACCUGGGUUAUUUUAUAUUCUGAAUUUCUGUGUUUUGAAAAUAAGAUGAUAUAAUUUCACUGUGUUAUCCUCUUAUAAAAAGGUGUUUAACGCAUUGCUUUAAAAAGUAAAAACCAGUAUUCAAAGUUGAUCAUCAUUAAAAAACCUUUCAUGUGCUUUUUGUAAAUCCUGCCUAAUGAAACAACUUGACCGGGGGAGAAAAUGAUGCUGUGUUAUUUUAAAACUAAGUUCUCCUAAACUGUUGGUGGAAAACUGAUUUGAUUGUUGAUUGUGAAUGAGUGGUAAGGAGUUAGGGCUCUUGAGAACCCCUGACUUUGGUAAAAUCGGUUCCUGCUGUUACUGGGUAUCAGGUGUGUUUCAUUUCAAAGUGAGCCUGCUCCAGUUUUUGAAUGUUUAUUGUAUAAUAAUUUGUAUACUUACACAUAGAAGGUAUUUUUUUUAAGCACUAAGAGAUUGAUUCUUUUGUUGUUGAAAUGUAAAAAUCUUCUGAUCAGAGUUUAAAGUGUAUAAUUCUUUUGAAAACUAUUCUGAGGAAUAAAGAAUGGCAGGACCAUUACUUUCAUUAAAAUAUCCACUGUGUCUAA